AUGAAGACAUUAGUAUACCCCAGUCUGAGCCUGUGGGCCCUUGGGGCCGUACUGGUGGCCAGUGCUGCCACGGUCACCCAGCAAGGUCCCCUGGCAUCACCGACGACCAAGUUUCAGGUCGUUGCCCCGAAAAAGUCCAACAUUCACGCCAGCCCAGUGCUGGUCCAAGACGACCUCUACUUUAGCACCCUUGAACCGGGUUGUGCGCUGGUCAAAUGCAAUGCCUACACCGGCGAGGUCCUGUGGACAUACAUGCGCAACUCGUCAGCUCGCUGCGGUCUGCGAACCGUCCCCGUCUAUGCCAAUGGCCUCGUGCACAUUGGCACUGACAACAACACCUUUGCCGCACUCGAUGCUGAGACUGGACAAGUCGUGUGGUCCUACCAGGCCAGGUUCAACCUGUGCAUCGACGGCAACUUCUACCACCCGUGUGAAGCCUACUCCACGGCUCUCAUCGUGGAUGGCCGACGCAUCCAGGGUUCCGAAGAUAACACCACCCGCUGUUUCGACGCCGCCACCGGCGAGCUCCUCUGGAAUUUCACCGCCCCCAACAUGAUGAACGGCUCGCCCAUUCUGGACCCCAGCGGUGGCGUCCUCAUUGGCGCGGACGACGGUCAUUUUUAUCGCCUUGAUAUCGCCACUGGCGCCUACCUCGGACGCUACAACCACUGCGGUGCCAUGGACACUCGCCCCGCCCUCGACAUCGCCUCGGGACGCAUGUAUGCCGGCUGCUUUAUCAAAAACGACAAUCCUUCUGGUCACGACAUCUCUGCUCUCGUGGCCAUCGACACAGUCGCCAACAGCACCCUCUGGACUCGCACUCCAGGCGGUGUGCCCAUCUACAACGACUACUAUGGCGCUCUCUUCGUCGCCGGCUUUGACGGCACCGCUUAUGCCGUCAACACCUCCAACAAUCAAGUUCUCUGGAAUGUAACUUUCCUCCCCGAUACCCCCAAGCUCUUCUUUGGCCCCUUUGUCCUCGAUCAGGUUCGCCACCGCCUUUACGUCGGCAACGUCAACGGCGUCGUCUACGCCCUCGAUGUAAACGACGGCGCCGUCGCCUGGACAUUUCGCACCCAAAACGCCAUCGCCCACCAGCUCGGGGCCACCCUCUCCACCGACAACAACAUUCUCUACGUUGGGUCGUAUGAUGGCACCCUCUAUGCCAUUGACCUCACUUCCGUCGCGUAA